AUGGCAGCACAGGUCGGGCCUCUGGCCCAAGUCAAGCUAGCCUCUGGGCCAACGCCCAUGACCGCGGAGCAGCGCUACUGGAAGACAUUCAAGAACCAGCUGCUCGUGCCAUCGCCAACAAGCUAUCCGGUCACGCACAUCUCUUACAACAGCGAUUGUUUCGCCGUCACGACGGGCACCCGUGUCCAACUCUUCUCGAACAAGACGCGCAAGCUCUUGAAGACCAUCACGAGAUUCAGCGAUGUCGCACACAGCGGAGAGCUCAGGAAGGACGGCCGAGUGAUGGUGGCGGGUGACGACACAGGCAAGAUCCAGGUGUUUGACAUCAACUCGCGUGCCAUCCUGAGGACCUGGGCACAGCACAAACAACCGACAUGGUCGACCAAGUUCUCGCCCACGAACCCCACAACCCUGUUGAGCGCAAGUGAUGACCGGACCGUUCGACUCUGGGACCUACCCAGCAGCGAUCCUACGACGACCUUUGUGGGCCAUAACGACUACGUUCGAUGCGCCAAUUUCAUGCCUGGCACAAUGUCCAACAUGAUCGUCUCUGGAAGUUACGACUCGACAGUCAAAUUAUGGGAUCCUAGGGCAGGGAACAACACGGCUGUCAUGACGUUUAAGCAUGCCGCACCCGUUGAGGAUGUCAUUUCCAUGCCAUCCGGCACGACUGUGCUUGCCGCAGCUGAGAACACCGUCAGUGUGCUGGAUAUCGUCGCAGCCCGCCCUCUUCACCAGAUCACGAAUCACCAAAAGACCAUCACUUCCUUGAGCCUCGCAUCAGGCGGGCGCAGGCUCGUGACUGGCGGUUUGGAAGGCCACGUCAAGGUGUUCGAGACAACUGGCUGGAACGUGGUCUACAGCACAAAGUACCAAUCCCCUGUUCUAUCCGUCAAUGUGAUACCCACCACAGACUCCUCCGAUUCCGAUGAUCGCCAUCUCGCGGUGGGUAUGCAGUCCGGCGUUCUCAGUGUCCGUACUCGCAAGACAGGCGCCGAGGCGGCCAAGGACCGAGAGCGCGAGAAGGAGAUGGCUGCUCUUAUUGCUGGUUCCAUCGAUGUCCAUGAUGCGAAGAACACGAAGCGCAAGAGGCGGGCUGCUGCGGCGAACCGGCUCGACCUCGUUGGCGAGGGGGCCGAUGUUGUCAUUGCGAACGAACCACGCACACACAAGAAGAAGGAGCGUCCUUGGCAAAACGACCUCCGACACGGCCGAUAUGCUAUUGCCUUGGACCAGGUCCUUGAUCGGCAAGCUCCGGAUUAUGCACCACUCAACGUCUUGACUCUCCUUCUGGCGUUGCGUCACCGAAGUGCCGUCAAGAACGCGCUGGAGAACCGAGAUGAGCAGAGCGUGGAGCCUGUUCUGAAAUGGGUAUGUGGCCACAUCUGUGAUCCUCGCUAUGUCAGCGUAUGCGUGGAGGUCGGUUUGCAUCUGCUCGAUCUGUAUGCCGAGUUUGUCGGGGGGUCGGCAGAACUGCACGAGGCGUUCCGGACACUGCAUCGCCGGGUGAAGAAAGAAGUGGAGACUGCGCAAAUCGCCUGUCAGACAAACGGCAUGUUAGAGAGCCUUGCUGCUGGUGUGCUGUGA